AUGAAGUACGGAUGGAGGGUACCCCACAACUACCAGUCACUCGUCGUCAGAGAGGUCUGCCAAGCCAUCAUCGAUGAGUACAUGCCCGAGGUGAUGACCUGUCCCACCACUCCUGAGGGAUGGCGUGCCAUAUCUGACAAGUUCCUUCAGAAGUGGAACUUCCCCCAUACAUGUGGUGCGCUAGAUGGGAAGCACAUUGCCUGCAAGUGUCCUCCAAAGAGUGGUUCCCAAUACUUUAACUACAAGGGAUUUUACUCUGUUGUACUCAUGGCCCUUGUAGACGCGGAGUACAAGUUCAUCUGGUCAGACCUCGGUGGUACAGGAUCAGCAUCAGACGCACAGAUCUACAAUAACUCUGAAAUCAAGGAAUUUGCUGAAGACGGUACCAUCGGAUUCCCUGCCCCAGAUCCUUUACCCAAUGACUACCAGGAUGAUGAUGAGGUAUUCUUGCCUUUUCCUCGGCCUCGUGUUGACGAUGUCUUCUUCUUGGGAGGCAUGUUGACAGUUCGACGUCUACUGCAAUAA